AUGUUAAGUAGAGACUCUAGGUUUCUAUCAAAGUUUUGGCAAAAAGUGCAAGAGAACCUUGGAACAACAUUGAAGAUGAGUACUGCCUUUCACCCUGCAACUGAUGGUCAGACUGAGAGAACAAACCAAACCAUGGAGGAUAUGUUACGAGCUUGUGCUUUAGAUUUCCAAGGAAAUUGGGAGGAUCACCUACCUUUGAUCGAAUUCUCCUACAAUAACAGUUACAAUGCAUAUUUCAUUGAGGAUAUGGUGAGCAAGGUUUCUCCAACAAAAGGUGUGAUGCGAUUCGGAAAGAAAGGGAAGCUUAGUGAAAAAUAUGUGGGUCCGUAUGAAAUUCUCCAACAUGUAGGGAAAGUGGCUUACAAAUUGGCUUUGCUAAUGGAGUUCGAGAAAAUGCAUGAUGUUUUCCACAUUUCCCAAUUGAAAAAGUAUGUGCUUAGUGAAACCCAUGUUUUGCAGCCGGAGACUAUUCAACUAGAUGAGUCUCUAACUUAUGAAGAAAGACCAGUCAAGAUAUUAGAUCACAAGGUGCGUAGUACUAGAACCAAAGAUGUGAAGAUAGUGAAAGUCCUUUGGUCAAACCUGGAGUAUGAAGAGGCUACUUGGGAGGCCGAGGAAGAGAUGAAAAACAAAUAUCCCGAGUUGUUUGACGAGUACAUUUAUAAAGGGAAAUUUAGGACCUUAGAGGAUGAUGGUGAUGUGUUCAAGAUGAUUAGAAGAUUACCUAAUCAGGACACAUACAUCAUACAUGUUGGGAGCACAGAUGACCCUGGUUUCUUAGCAGACUAUAUCAUCGAGUACAUGAUGAAACAAAAUGGGACUUGGCCGCCCCGUGGUUAUCCUCAUUUUGGUGGCCAACCACCUCAGUGA